CAGUCCAAUGCUUCCUAUUCUCUAGUUACUCACAUUGGACUCUAGUUCCAGUCCCUGAUUGCUCUCAGCAAGUGGCUAGACACUUCCUUCAAGCUUUGUUCUUAAUAUGUAUACCUGGAUGACAUUGUGGUCUACUCGGACACUGUGGCUGAGCAUGUAGAACAUACAAACUUAUUCUGUCAAUCCUUGAUGAGCAGAAGCUUUACCUCAGCGAGCACAAGCUCCACUUCCUCUGUAAGGAUAUGAAAAUCCUGGGGCGGGUAGUUGACGACUCUGGGAUCCGUAUGGAUCCGGAUAAGGUGACCAGUGUCUUGAACUGGAAGGUACCGACAAACCGGGACCUAUGGGUGUCCUGUCCGCAAUCUCCGGCAAUACUGUACCUUUCAGGUGGACCUUUACUAAGCAACGAGCUUUCGAAACCAUAAAGAGAUAUGUAGCCGCAUGCCAGAAGCACUGUCGGAUCCCCUUGGACUACCACAAGGAGGCUCCAACAAUUUGGCUAAUGACGGACGGAUGCCUGAAAGGUAUAUCUGGCGUGGUCGCGCAGGGCUCAGACUGGAGAACGUCCAAUAU